AUGAGCGUCCUCGGGAACAUCCUCUUCUACAGCAUGAUAGUCCUCAUCAUCAUAAUCGCGGCCAUCAUCAUCCUCUUCCUCUCCUUUGCCUUCACACGGCCCUCUGCCGUGCUGAGCAGCAACACGGCGCCCAUAGCAAACCUGGGCCAGGACACGCUCCUCAGCUGCUACCUUCUCAAGCAGACUGCCACAAAGGUGUCGGUCACCUGGGAGAAGAAGGGUCUAAGUGGAGUGGUUUACAAGUACAAUAACGGAGCUGCCAACCUGCAGGACCAGAACUCACAGUUCAAGGGGAGAACUGAGCUGUUCUCUGAAGCUUUGGCUACAGGGAACGCUUCCCUGCUGUUGAGGAAAGUGAAGCAUAGCGAUGAGGGCGAGUACACGUGCAGCAUCAGCUCCUCUCAGGGCGGAGGGACAGUCAACAUUCAUCUCAGGACAGCAGCCUUCACAGCCCCCACAUUCACACUUUCUAACAGUGUGCUGACGGCUCAUGCCAGCAAGUGGUUCCCUAAACCUAACGUGACGUGGUUGAACCCGGAUGAGGAAGUCCUGCAGGGAAACACCAACUUCUCAGUGAGCCCCAACAAAAUAUACAGUGUUACGAGCACGGUGCCAGUCAACAUCACCGACACCUACAUCUGCAGGAUUGAAAACAACCUGGUGAUCUCUGUCUCUACAGCAACGGUGACAGGUUCUGCUGUAUCAGAGGACUCGUACUUCACCUUCAGUGCAGCCUCAUCCCUGCUGGUGUCAGUUCACCUGAGUAUCACGACCACCAGCAUCCUCUGCAUCUACAACCUAACCUAA